AUGCAGGCAGGGAUGUGGGCUGCAGAAAAAGGAGCAGGACACAGGCAGGGAUGUGGAGUCCAGGAUGAGAAUGGGAUGCAGGCAGGAAUGUUGGAUGCAGGCAGGAAUACGGUUGGAUCCAGGGUUGGGAUAUGGUCAGGGAUGUGGGCUACAGGACAGGGAGCAGGAUCCAGCAGGGAUGUGGGAUACAGAGGGGCUGGGAUGCAGGAUGGGGUUGGGAUUCAGGAUGAGGAGCAGAAUGCAGGCAGGGAUGUGGGAUGCAGGAUCCAGGAGCAGGGAUCCACAGGGAUGCACAGGGACCCACAGGGAUGCACUGGGAGCAGCGCUUCCCCCCUGCCCCCUCUUCCCUUGGCAAUUCCUGUCUCCCUGAACCCCCGGAUCCAGCCUGGAAUGAUCCCAGGCUCCCCAAAAUUCCAUCCUGGCUGGGAGCCCAACCCCUUCAGGGCCUUGCCCCACAGCUUUUCCUGGUUUGCCUUCACUCUCAGACUUCGGGAAGCUGCCAGGAUUCCUUGGGAAGAGGGAUUGGGAUGCCUGGGGCUUCCUGAGGGCAGAAGAGCUGGAGAUCCACAACUCUUUCUAUGGAGCUGGUGCCCUCCUGUCCUUCCCAGAUUCCCAAGGAAAACCAGGCCCAAGCCUCAUUCCAGGCGUCUCUUGGGAACAGCCGGAAUCUGGGGCAGCACAUUCCAGGUGAUGCGUGGUCCCCAAGCCUGGCCCCACUGCCAUCUCAUCCCAGAGAUUUCCAGGAUUUUUUUCUGGAUGUCCACCCCAAUCCUUCCCUGCCUGAGGCCUCUCGGAUCCCCUUUGUUUCCAGUGCCGGAGCUUUCAGGAGCCCAUCCCAGGUUUAUCCUGGAUAUUUCCAUAGUGGAAAAUCACCUGGAAUUUCCAACUUCGGAGCUUCAAUGGAGGACAGGACUCGCCUUGGAUGGGUUUUAGGAGGAAUUUUUUCAUCCUGGGAAUGUUCGGCUGUUGGGAAGCUCCAGAGUCGUUAUCUCCAC